AUGGGCCGAGCUCUGGAUAAUGCCAUGCUCAAUGUCGGCUUGAAGGACGUUGCAAGAGAGGGCCUGAAGGACCUUGGCUUCCGAGUCGAAGAUGUCAUUAGCCAGGAGCAUGAUGCUGCACUGGGAAAUGGAGGUCUUGGACGCUUGGCUGCGUGUCUACUCGACAGUCUGGCGACAUUGAACUAUCCAGCCUGGGGCUACGGUCUACGCUACCGUUAUGGUAUUUUCAAGCAGGAAAUUGUAGACGGGUAUCAGAUGGAAGUCCCCGACUACUGGCUUGACUUCAACCCAUGGGAGUUCCCGCGGCAUGAAAUCACUGUCGAUAUUCAGUUUUAUGGCUGGGUGAGAAAAUACCAGGACGAGAAUGGUAAAACCAUCCACUCAUGGCAAGACGGCGAAACUGUGCAAGCAGUAGCGUACGAUGUUCCUGUCCCGGGCUAUGGCACACGGACCACGAACAAUCUUCGGCUGUGGUCUUGCAAGGCUUCCAGCGGAGAGUUCAACUUCCAGAAAUUCAACGCUGGCGAUUACGAAAGUGCUGUCGCAGAGCAACAACGUGCGGAGACAAUCUCUGCGGUGCUCUAUCCGAAUGACAACCUUGACAGGGGUAAGGAGCUAAGACUUAAACAACAGUACUUCUGGUGUGCUGCCUCUCUGUUCGACAUUGUCCGGAGAUUCAAGAAGACCAAGAGAGCUUGGAGCGAGUUUCCCGAUCAGGUUGCCAUUCAAUUGAAUGACACUCAUCCAACCUUGGCUAUAGUCGAACUUCAGCGCAUUUUGAUUGAUAACGAAGGUCUCGAGUGGGACGAGGCAUGGGCUAUCGUGACAAAGACCUUCGGGUACACGAAUCACACGGUUUUGCCAGAGGCCCUGGAGAAGUGGUCUGUCCCGUUGGUGCAAAACCUGCUACCACGGCACAUGCAGAUCAUCUUCGACAUCAACUUAUAUUUCCUCCAGCAUGUUGAAAAGAACUUUCCGCAAGAUAGAGACUUACUGUCUCGGGUGUCGAUUAUUGAAGAGUCCCACCCGAAGAUGGUGAGGAUGGCUUAUAUCGCUAUUAUUGGCUCCCAUAAAGUCAACGGGGUCGCAGAACUACACUCAGAUCUGUUGCGGACCACCCUUUUCAAGGAUUUCGUGACAAUAUACGGCCCGGACAAGUUCACCAAUGUUACCAAUGGUGUUACUCCACGUCGUUGGCUACACCAGGCAAACCCACGAUUGUCUGAUCUAAUCGCUUCCAGGCUCGGAGGAUAUCAAUUCUUGACUGAUUUGACACUUUUAGACCGGCUCGAGGCUUUCGUUGAUGACAAGGCAUUCCAACGCGAAUGGGCCGAGAUUAAGACCGCGAACAAAAUUCGUCUCGCUAAACACAUCAAAGAGACAACCGGUUACAGUGUAAAUCCACAGGCUUUGUUUGAUAUUCAAGUCAAGCGUAUCCAUGAGUACAAGCGGCAGCAGCUGAACAUCUUCGGUGUCAUCCACCGAUACUUGAGGAUCAAGUCAAUGUCUGCGGAAGAGAAAAAGAAGGCACUGCCGCGCGUAUCUGUCUUUGGAGGCAAAGCAGCCCCAGGCUACUGGAUGGCGAAGACCGUUAUUCACCUGAUUAACAAAGUUGCAUCCGUGGUAAACAAUGACCCUGAAGUUGGUGAUCUUUUGAAGGUGAUCUUUGUCGAGGACUACAACGUCAGUAAGGCCGAAAUUAUCUGUCCAGCGUCUGAUAUCAGCGAGCACAUCUCAACCGCUGGUACGGAGGGCAGCGGUACUAGUAACAUGAAAUUCGUUAUGAACGGUGGCUUGAUCAUUGGAACUUGCGACGGUGCUAACAUCGAGAUUACCAGAGAAAUCGGGGAGCAGAACAUAUUCCUCUUUGGAAAUCUAGCAGAAGAUGUGGAAGAGCUUCGACACCGACACCUCUACGGCGAUUUCCAGCUCGAUCCUCACUUGGCUAAAGUCUUCGAUGCAAUUCGUGGCGGCAUGUUCGGUGAUGUUAACAAUUUCUCGGCACUCAUCGCCUCCAUUGUUGAGCACGGAGAUUACUACCUAGUGUCUGAUGACUUCAACUCGUAUAUCACCACACAGGACUUGGUAGAUGAGUCAUUCCAGAACCGCGAAGAGUGGUUAGCCAAGUCCAUCACCAGUGUGGCACGCAUGGGUUUCUUCUCGACCGACCGCGUGAUCAAUGAGUACGCCGAAAGCAUUUGGAAUGUAGAGCCCCUCGAGGUGGAAAAUUAG